AUGCCAAUAAUGGCCCCUGGGCCGAAUAAGCCCAAGUCGAGACGCACCAAUACACGAAGCCGGACAGGGUGCGUAUCAUGCCGCCAAAAGCACAUUCGAUGCGAUGAGAGGCGCCCAUCUUGCUUCAAUUGUACACUCAAAGAGCAGUUGUGUUCGUAUGUGCCGAAGAUUCCGCUCCGCGAACGUAGAGCUGGCCCUUGCCCUGGUCAACAAGCACCGUGGGCCGUUGAGGAUACACGGCCCAUCACACACCACUCUCAUAGCGACAAGGAGAUUGCCGUAUCAUCAGAGGUGCCAUCUAUCCAAGUGCUCACAAUACCGAGUCCGUUUUAUGUAACUCCGUGGGAAGCCUUUGAUCCCUUCGACACUUUGCCCAUCAACAUGCCUCUCAGGUCGAAGGAACUUCUUCACUACUUCUGCUACCCGGAAAUCCGGAUGAUUGGUCUCAUGACUUAUCUGGAUUCUCAGCGAGCGGAAACCCCCGGUCAGCACAUAAUUGAUGACAUUCAAGUUGAGCAGAUGAAUCGCUAUCUUAUUCUGUAA